GCGGGGCCUGGACUGGUUCCGCGGUGCCGGUACACGGGGCUGCGCGGGGUGGGUAGCGAAGGUAGCCGGCUGGCAUUGUGGGCACAGCCUAGGCUGGACCCCUGCGUCGCGGCCUGGACACCGGAUCCGGCAAGGCGUGGAGAAAAACUACCUGAAUACUACUUCUCUAGUUCUUGUGAAGGGGUGAAAGUGUCCUCUUGGCUACCUGACUCAAUGGGAAGGAAGAAUUUUUCCAUUCCACCCAGCUGGACCACUAGAUUUCACCACACUUGCCUGUGACCGCUCCUCUGGGAUAAGCUGAGACGGAAGCAUCCAGCAGUGGCUUUCACAUCUUUACCUGCCAUGAUGAAAAGUUACAUAAGAUCUUCCCUGAUCUACAUGUAAUCAACAAAUUUGUCAAACUCCCGUGUGAUCUACAACCUUCACAAGUAGACAAAAUGAAGCUAAAGCAUACUAUCAAUCCUGUUCUUCUGCAGUUAAUACACUUGAUAAUAUUGGUAUACUCAUUUAUAACAUACAUUCCAUGGUACAUACUAUCUGGCUCAAGACAGACUGUAGCAAAAUCAAAACAAAUUAAAGCUAAACCUGUGAAAAACAAACCUGGUAGUCCAUACAGGUCUGUUAACAGUUUGCAUUGCUUAGCUUCGGUUUUAUAUCCUGGAUGUGACACACUUGACAAAGUUUUCAAGUAUGCUAAAACUAAAUUUAAGGACAAAAAACUCUUAGGAACACGUGAAGUCCUAAAAGAGGAAGAUGAAAUCCAGCCCUCUGGAAAAGUUUUUAAAAAGGUCAUCCUUGGAAAAUACACUUGGCUCUCAUAUGAUGAAGUCUACGUUAAAGCUACUAAUUUUGGAAAUGGCUUAGCAAUAUUGGGGCAGCAACCGAAGACUAACAUUGCCAUCUUCUGUGAGACUAGAGCAGAGUGGAUGAUUGUUGCACAGGCCUGCUUUAUGUGCAAUUACCAACUUGUUACGCUGUAUGCUACGUUAGGAGGCCCAGCAAUAGUACAUGGACUAAAUGAAAGUGAGGUGACAACCAUCAUUACUAGUAAAGAACUGAUGCAAACAAAAUUGAAGGAAAUUGUUUCUCAGGUUCCACUAUUGCGGCAUAUUAUUACUGUGGAUGGCAAACCAACAACAUGGUCAGAAUUCCCCAAGGGUAUCAUUGUUCACACUAUGGCUUCUGUGCAAGCAAUGGGGGCCAAGACAGAUAAUGUAAGCAAACAGCAGGCCAGGCCUGUACCCUCAGAUAUUGCAGUAAUCAUGUACACAAGUGGAUCUACAGGACUUCCAAAAGGAGUCAUGAUUUCUCAUUGCAACCUUAUUGCUGGUAUAACUGGGAUGGCUGAAAGAAUUCCUCAUUUGGGGGAAAAAGACAUUUAUAUUGGAUAUUUGCCUCUUGCUCAUGUUCUGGAAUUAAGCGCUGAACUUGUUUGUCUGUCUCAUGGAUGCCGUAUUGGCUACUCAUCACCCCAGACGUUAGCUGAUCAGUCCUCUAAAAUAAAGAAAGGAAGCAAAGGAGAUAUUACUAUGCUUAGACCUACGCUAAUGGCAUCUGUACCGGAAAUCAUGGAUCGGAUCUACAAAAAUGUCAUGAAUAAAGUGAAUGAAAUGACCAGUUUCCAAAGGAAUCUGUUUAUAUUGGCCUACAAUUACAAAAUGGAACAGAUUUCAAAAGGCUAUACUACGCCACUUUGUGACAGCCUUAUUUUCCGGAAAGUACGAAUGCUGCUAGGUGGUAAAAUUCGCACCCUACUAUGUGGAGGAGCUCCACUUUCUGCUGCAACUCAGAGAUUUAUGAACAUCUGUUUCUGUUGCCCUGUGGGACAGGGAUAUGGACUAACUGAGUCAGCUGGGGCUGGAACAAUCACUGAAGUUUGGGACUACACUACAGGGAGAGUAGGGGCACCUUUGGUUUGCUGUGAAAUCAAAUUAAUGAACUGGAAAGAAGGUGGAUAUUAUAAUACUGAUAAACCAUAUCCUAGAGGUGAGAUUCUUAUUGGAGGCCAAAAUGUGACCAUGGGCUACUACAAAAACGAAGAACGAACCAAAAAAGAUUUCACUGUGGAUGAGAAUGGACAGAGGUGGCUCCAUACUGGAGACAUUGGGGAGUUCCAUGCAGAUGGAUGUCUAAAAAUAAUUGAUCGUAAGAAAGAUCUUGUAAAACUCCAGGCUGGAGAAUACGUCUCUCUUGGCAAAGUUGAAGCAGCUUUGAAGAAUCUGCCACUGGUAGAUAAUAUUUGUGCAUAUGCAAGCAGUUUCCAGUCGUAUGUCAUUGCAUUUGUUGUGCCAAAUCAAAAGGAGCUUACAGAGCUAGCUCGGAAGAAAGGAUUUAAAGGAACCUGGGAAGAGAUCUGUACCAGUGCUGAAAUGGAAAAAGAGGUACUGAAGGUAGUAGCUGAAGCUGCUAGCUCAGCUCAUCUGGAGAAAUUUGAAAUACCAUUGAAAAUUCAUUUGAGCCCCGAUCCUUGGACUCCUGAGACUGGUCUGGUGACAGAUGCCUUCAAAUUAAAACGCAGAGAGCUCACAUCACACUACCAGGUGGACAUUGAUCGAAUGUAUGGAAAAACAAAAUAAUUCUUUUCCUGCGCUUCUUUGCUACAGUGAGCUCAGAUCAAAUAGGAAAUACUUGAAUCUCAUGUCUCAGUACUUGAGACCAACACACAAAAACACCUUUCCUCAUUUUCAGCUUAAACUGUUACUUCUGAUAACAUCAACAUCUUUACCUGUCAGGAUUAGUAAAAUGUUAAGGCAGCAAA